GGCGGAAGUCAAGUGUUUUUUCCCUCACAGUAUUAUGAAUGGACGUCUGAUAUUUAAUUUUUUUCUCCUUCGAGUCAUCACCUUGCACGGUCGAUAAGGUGUGGGCACAGCGCUUUAUUUUUAGCUACCAAACAAGUCCAAGAUGUCUGCGAGCGCCGUUUACGUCUUGGAUUUAAAAGGAAAGGUGCUGGUGUGCCGGAACUAUCGAGGUGAUGUGGACAUGUCUGAGAUCGAGCACUUCAUGAGUCUACUCAUGGACAAAGAGGAAGAGGGGACACUUUCUCCCAUCCUGGCCCACGGUGGAGUGCGUUUCAUGUGGAUCAAGCACAAUAACCUCUACUUGGUUGCAACAUCCAAGAAAAAUGCCAGUGUUUCCUUGGUUUUCUCCUUUUUGUACAAAAUUGUCCAGGUAUUUUCAGAGUAUUUCAAAGAACUGGAGGAAGAGAGCAUCCGAGAUAACUUUGUCAUCAUUUACGAGCUGAUGGAUGAGCUCAUGGACUUUGGUUAUCCUCAGACCACCGACAGCAAGAUUCUGCAAGAGUAUAUAACUCAGGAGGGGCACAAACUUGACACUGGUGCCCCUCGCCCUCCUGCCACAGUCACAAACGCCGUCUCGUGGCGGUCAGAGGGCAUCAAGUACAGGAAAAACGAAGUCUUCCUGGAUGUCAUUGAGUCAGUCAACCUACUGGUCAGUGCCAACGGUAACGUUCUACGCAGCGAGAUCGUUGGCUCUAUUAAGAUGCGCGUUUUCCUGUCUGGAAUGCCUGAGUUGCGACUGGGCCUCAAUGACAAGGUUCUGUUUGAAAACACUGGACGAGGGAAGAGUAAAUCAGUGGAGCUCGAGGACGUGAAGUUUCACCAGUGCGUCCGUUUGUCUCGCUUUGAGAACGACCGCACCAUCUCCUUCAUCCCGCCUGACGGAGAGUUUGAGCUUAUGUCCUACCGCCUCAAUACUCACGUGAAGCCGCUGAUCUGGAUUGAAUCUGUCAUUGAGAAGCAUUCUCAUAGUCGCAUCGAGUACAUGAUCAAGGCCAAAAGUCAGUUCAAACGGCGCUCCACCGCCAACAACGUGGAGAUCCACAUUCCAGUACCAACAGAUGCCGACUCUCCCAAGUUCAAGACCACGGUUGGCAGCGUUAAGUGGGUGCCUGAGAACAGCGAGAUUGUCUGGUCCAUCAAGUCCUUCCCUGGCGGGAAGGAGUAUUUGAUGCGAGCCCACUUUGGUCUCCCGAGUGUGGAAGCUGAAGAUAAGGAGGGAAAGCCCCCAAUCAGUGUCAAGUUCGAGAUCCCCUACUUCACCACCUCUGGCAUCCAGGUGCGCUACCUGAAGAUCAUCGAGAAGAGCGGCUACCAAGCCCUGCCAUGGGUGCGCUACAUCACCCAAAAUGGAGAUUACCAGCUCCGCACCCAGUAGGCGACGCCUCAGCUGGACGGCAAUGGAGUUAGGCCGUUAAUGAGCCGCCGUUAGCAGAUGUCAGUCAAGAGACCACAGGACUGCCGUGUCUUUUUUUUUUUUUCUUUUUGUCAAAUGAUCAUUUUUUCCAGUCAAUGCAACUAGUGGAUGAGGAGGGAGGUUUCGGAGGAAAUUUCUUAUUUUUUUUUGCUAACACGGCCGUGUCAAGAAGGAGUCAUGUUUACAUGCGGUGUCAUCAGUUGGUCACAAAAGUGUUACACUCUUGCUGUCAUCACCUCACGCAUACACACUCACCUCUUUGUUGAUUGUCUGUAUAUAUUUGCUACAUAUCGAUGAGGUCAGUGUUAUUAGUUACAAGAACGUAAGCCAAUCAUUGUCUCUCUGUGGUGUGAUGCCAUCAGACAUGCAUAAAAGACACAUUGUCAUACUCAA